UGUUCUAGUUGCUUUAAGAUGCUGUGCUGCGGAGUCACAUGACUCCACCCUGUCUGGUCUGAAACAAGAAGGGAAAACGGUGAGGAAAUGGAAGAUGAAUAAGUAGUGAAACAGAUGAUGGGUAGUUAUUGUGCAGUUACUGAUAUCAAGGUGAAUUGCUCGAUAUAUUGUGAUUUGAUUUGAGGCCACAUCACCAAGACCUACAGUAAUACAAAAACUUGAUUUAUUGACUCGGCAUAAGGAAGAUGAAGAGGGUGAGGAUCAGAAACAAUCCUCAUCUCUAAUUAAAACACUAAAUCAAAUUUUAAAUUAAUGAAACAUAAGCAGUGAUAAACACAUAAAACCCCUGCUUUAUGAAAGGGCUGUUUUCACUGUACACUUCUUAUUCUGUACGUACGUCUUGGUGCAGAGCUGUUGUAGUUACAACCUCCGGCCAGCAGCGGCAGCACCGAGCACAGGCAGCAGCCAUGUUUAAUUCUUUAUCAACUUCACCUGCUAAUUUUUAGGUUUCUCGUGUUUGUAUCUCUUGAUACCAACAGAACCAUUCGGUUCUAGACGGUGGGGCAAUAUAAACAUCUCAUUGGAUGUUUUAGGUUCUUAAACUGAGGUGUUAAAGGAUCCUGUGGCGACCCGAACCGAGCCUGUUAGCUUCAGCUAACGGUUCGUUUGCGCUAACCAGACUCUCACGGUAAAAGAGGGUUUUAUUUUUCCCACAUUAGAAUCUCGUGUCUGUUCAGGAGAUGAGUGGAGCGAAGGUGGAAGCGGAACAAGGAGGCGAGGAGGCUCAGCAGCUUCCUGCUAGAGGAGACGGGUUGAUUCUGGUCCCACAGAGCCCCUCUGCAACACAAGAACCUGCAGUAAUACGCGGCCGAUCAAAAGUUCGUCACAUCUGUUCCCUCUGCGGCCGGGAGUUUGCCGGCCCGUCCCGUUUGGCAGAUCACGUGGCUUCACACUCUGGCUACAAACCGCACAGCUGCUCCAUCUGCGGCAAACGCUUUACAAAGAAGAUCAAUGUCUACAUCCACCAGAGGGUUCACACGGGGGAGAAGCCGUACUCCUGCCCUGAUUGUGGGGUCAGCUACGCCCAGAGAGGCUGCCUACGACGGCACCUUCUUGUUCACGCCCCAGAGAAGCCCUUUGUUUGCUCCGUGUGUGGGCGGGGCUUUGUCCAGCGACGAUACCUCGUCCAACAUGAACGGAUCCACACUGGGGAGAAACCAUUCUCCUGUUCACUCUGCCCCAAACGCUUCGCCUCCAGGAGUGGGCUCUUCGACCACCAGCACUGCCAUGCGGAGCAGAAACUUUAUUCCUGCUCCCUCUGUGCGAAGGAGUUCUCCUCUCCUUCGUCUUUCAGAGAUCAUGUCCGGCUCCACUCAGGUCGGAAGCUCCACUCCUGCUCGCUGUGCAGCAAGAGCUUCAACCGCCCAGGUCUGCUGAAGAAACAUCUGCACAAACACUCGGUCGAAGCUGCUGACAAGGUUUCUAUCAGCUGCUACCUAUGUCGGGAGGAAUUCAGUUCCUUGGAUGAGCUUGCAGAACACAAACAGCUUCACCACGCAACGCAGCGCUUCUCCUGUGACAUCUGUGGUCGAGGGUUCUCCAGAUCGAGCCGGCUGAAGGACCACAUGAGGUCUCACACUGGAGAGAGGCCGUUUCAGUGUGAUGUGUGUAUGAAGCGCUUCACGGUGCAGAGAACUCUGAGGAAGCACCAGGAGAUCCACAGUCGUUCUGGCACCGCCCCUCACCGUGCUUCACCACAGCCUACAGCCCCACAGAAACCAGACGAGUCGCUGGACAUCGAUGAUGUUCUGAAGAUGGAGAAAAGAAAUGAUGAACUGCUGUGUUCACUGACCGCAGAGGAGAGUCCUGCUAGGACGACGGAGCUUCUCAGCUGCUCCCUCUGUGAGAAGCUCUUCUCGAGUUUAUCUGAGCUCCAAGAGCACCAGAAUUCCCACAAUGCAACAGGGGAUCCACCCCGCCCCUCAGCGAGCUCAGAGACCACCAGGUGCAGCAUGAAGACCAAGGCCAGGUCUCAUCGCUGCCACAUCUGCUCCAAGAGCUACCUGAAACCCUGUCUGCUCCGAAAACACAUGAAGGUCCACAUCCGGGACGGAGUCAUCGCCGACCCGGCAGACAAGGAGUUCUGGUUCCACAUGAGGACUGAAGAUGGAGAGAAGAAGAAGAACAUGAAGAAGGAAGAAGCGGAAACACGGCUGUCCUCCACUGCUGAGUCCCUCAUCUCUAUUUCUAAUUCUGUGGCUGGUAACCGUGGCAACCAGGGGACGCUGUCAGAGCGACUUGAGGAGGAAAACGUCAGCGGUUUGAUUAACUCCGAUGGAGAGGAGGAGUCAUGGAAGCUGAAACAUGAAGGCCCAGCCGUCCCCCCUGACUCGGUCUGCCCCUCAAACCCACGGGCCAACAGCAGCUCUGGUGGCAGGAGCGGACACUGCUGUCCUGUCUGCAGCCGGGACUGCUUCAAGGCUUCAGCGCUGCAGAAACACCUGCGGAUCCACUCAGGGGAGCGCCCGUUUCAGUGUCCCACCUGCAGUAAGAGCUUCAUCCAGCAGGUCCACCUGAAGGAGCACCAGAGGAUCCACACUGGAGAGAAGCCCUACACCUGCUCUGUCUGCAGCAAGAACUUCACCUUCUCCAGCGCCCUGCGCAGACACCUGCGCGUCCACACCGACGCCCGGCCGUACCAGUGCUCUGUCUGCCAGAAGACCUUCAAACAGCUGUGUGUGCUCAAGAAUCACCAGUUGACCCACUCAGGAGUCCGAUACCAGUGUCCUCUUUGCAACAAGAGCUUCACCCGAGCCCUGGAACUCACCUACCACGUGGACUCACACUCAGACUCUCAGCCGUACUUCUGUAGCAUCUGUCAGAAGAACCUGAGCGGAGUCAGAAGCUUUCGUAAACAUAUGAAGAAACACGAGUCAGAGAACUCCCUACUAGUACCGGCACCGGAGGAGGAGGACAACAGCUGAGUCCUACAGCGUCUAGACUUAAAAGGUCAAAGGUCUGAGGACUAAAACUGGCAGAUAUUCUGCUCAGCUGGAACUGUGAUGAUGUUUGAUCAUGUGACCUCCGUAGGAAUCAUGUCUGCAGUAGGGCAGCUCAGAAGAGUCAGACCUGUAGUGGUUCUGUCAAGCAGGAGAGCAGAUCAGGUCCAGAUGUGGACUGAGAUUUGUCCUUCAGGUAAAUGCUGAGGCCUCUUUAGUAAAAUGAAGAAUUCUGUUCUGACCCGGUUUAAUGGUAAAUGGCCUUCUAGAGUCACAGAACCCCCCAAGGUGCUUUACAACGCAGUCAUUCACACCUUGGUGAUGAUGAGCUACAUUGUAGCCACAGCUGCCCUGGGACUCACUGACAGAGGCGAGUCUGCCGUAUGUAGGCACCACCGGUCCCUCCGAAAACCACAAACAGGCAAGGUGGGUUAAGUGUCUUGCUCAAGGACACAACAACAGUGAGACUGAGCGGGGCUCAAACCUGAUUACGGGGUGAGCACUUAACUUUUGUGCCAUCGUCGCCUCAAUGGAACCAAACAGGAGGUGAGGAGAGUUCAAGUCUUUUGUUUUUGUGCCUUUUCACUAUUUUGCACCAUCAGCUGUAUCAUGAAUAGAAUAGAAUACUUUGUCAAUUCUUCGAAUGUGCUUGCCAUACAAGGAAUUGAAAUUACGUUUCACACUGUCCCAUGCAUAGACAUUUACAUAAAGUGCAGAUGCACAACAAUAACAAAACAAAAAAAACAUCCCUAACAAUAAGAUGAUAUUAAACAGGUAAAUAUCGCUAAUAAUAUACAACAUAUAGCAGCAAAUGUGUGCAAUUUCAAUGCAGAGGUAGUUGUUUACAAUCAGACAUGAAGACGUGUUUGUAAUGAAAGCUGGUGAUGAGAGCCACUCAGCCAAAGGUUCUGUUUGGUCAAAAGGUUCUGCCUGAGCAACGGGUCAGAGUCCCAGGUUCAAACCCUCACCCACCCUGUGAUGCUGUGGUUCAUCACCACCAGAGUGUGAAUGGGUGAAUCGCAUUUCUCUAGAAGAACACUUCCAUUUUAGAGUUGCAGACACUCACCCUGUCAUCCAUAGUUACUGAUGUAAUUUGAUGGGAAGUGAUGUCAUCUCUGCAAGAAGAACCAACACCAGUUCUGUAACGUUAUCCUGUAAAACAGUUUGGUGCUUCACCGCUGCUGCCUUGCUCAAGGACAGCAAGACUGUAAACAAAGAUGUGAAACAUAAAUAUUUCUGUUCCAGAUGAAUAAAUGAGGCUGACACUGC